GUGGCCCGUGGUAUAACGAACGUUUCUGCGAAUCAUGAUGACCGACAAUCGAAAUUAUACCGUAUAAAAACAAACUGUUUGAUUUUAUCCUCAUCAGUUUAUAAACAUGUGUCAGGAGCUAUUUUUGUUGAAUAACUUUUAAUUUGCAACGAGUAUAUUGAAAAUGUUACUAACAUCCUAUUUGCCACUGGACACGUUCCUCCUACUGUCGGUGUUUACACUCCUUUUAUAUAAAUAUUUCUCCCGGAAUUAUGACCACUGGGAGAAGAAAAAUGUUUUUUUCUUCAAACCAACUCCCUUUUUCGGCAAUAUCCUCGACAUUUCCCUCUUUCGCACAACAAUAGGCGAACAUCUGGCAAAGUUGUACAACCAAACGACUGAACCGUUCUUUGGAAUCUUCGUCUUCGAUAAACCCCACUUAAUUAUCAAAAGCCCUGAACUUGUCAAGACAAUUCUAGUCCGCGAUUUCAACAACUUUGAUGACAGAGGCGUAGCAUCGCCCCAUCAUGACCCCCUUGUCAAAAACAUGCUUUUCUUUAACAAAAACCCCGAAUGGAAAAACGUUCGAGUGAAAAUGACUCCGGUCUUCACCACCGGAAAACUGAAAGGGAUGAUUCCGUUAAUCAACGACAUUGGGGAGACUUUGACGAAAUAUAUCGCCCAAAAAACAUCAAAUCUCUCUCUCGAAGCUAAGGAAAUUUCUGCAAAAUACACAACUGAUGUUAUUGCAAAAUGUGCCUUUGGGAUUAAUGCAAAUUCGUUAAAAAAUGAAGAUGCAGAGUUUCGGAAUCUGGGCCGAAGGUUUUUCGAUUUUCGGUGGAGUAAUGCAAUACAACAAACUUCCUAUUUCCUCCUACCUGGGCUUGUAAAUGUGUUAAAAUUGAGGGUGAUGGAUAAGAAAGAUAGCAACUUCCUUCGCGAAACAUUCUGGCAAACGAUUAAGCUAAGACAAGAGAAUAAUUCCAAAGCUAAGGACCUGAUUGACGCUAUUAUUGCAAUGAAAGAAAACAAAGAGUUUUGCAAAAACUUCAACUUUGAGGGUGAUAAAGUGGUGGCUCAAGCAGCUCAAUUCUUUAUUGCUGGAUUUGAAACCACAAGUGCAACCAUGGCUUUCACUUUAUACGAACUUUGUCUCCAGCCACAAAUUCAAAGUAAAGUGAGGACUGAAAUCAUGACUUGUGUUAAAGAACACAACGGUCUAACUUAUGAAGCCCUUCAAGACAUGAAAUAUCUCAAUAUGUGUGUUUGUGAAACACUUCGCAAAUACCCAGUUCUGCCCUUCCUGGACCGCACCUGCAAAGAAGACUACAAACUCCCCAACUCGAACGUCGUGAUCGAGAAAGGAACUCCAGUUUUUAUCCCAAUGUUUGGGCUCCACUACGACCCACAAUACUUUCCCAAUCCCCAAAAAUACGACCCUGAACGAUUCUCGGAUGAAAAUAUGCAAAAUAUAACUCCGUUUAGCUACAUUCCGUUUGGCGAAGGUCCAAGAAAUUGCAUUGGCGAACGUUUUGGAUUGAUCAGCACAAAGUUGGGUCUCAUCCAUGUUCUGUCUAAUUUUGAAGUUGAAAGAUCUUCCGAUACGCCUGUUCCUCUCGAAUUUGAACCGAAAAGUUUUGUGCUUGCCUCGAAAGUCGGAUUGCCGAUGAAAUUUAAAAAAGUGAUGACGUCCGCGUCUGUAAGUCAAUUCAGCAAAAUGUUACUCACACCUUAUUUGCCCCUGGACACUGUGGUCCUACUUUCGGUGCUAGCCCUGCUCUUGUACAAGUAUUUCUCCCGCAAUUUUGACCACUGGGAGAAGAAAAAUGUGUUUUACUUCAAACCAAUUCCCUUUUUCGGCAAUUUCGUCGACAUUUCCCUUUUCCGCACAACAAUAGGCGAACAUCUGGCAAAGUUGUACAACCAAACGACUGAACCCUUUUUUGGAAUCUUCGUCUUCGAUAAACCCCACUUAAUUAUCAAAAGCCCUGAACUUGUCAAGACAAUUCUAGUCCGCGAUUUUAACAACUUUGAUGACAGGUGCAUAGCAUCGCCCCAUCAUGACCCCCUUGUCAAAAACAUGCUUUUCCUCAACAAAAACCCCGAAUGGAAAAACGUUCGAGUGAAAAUGACUCCGGUUUUCACCACCGGAAAACUAAAAGGGAUGAUUCCGCUAAUCAACGACGUUGGCGAGACCAUGACGAAAUAUAUCGCCCAAAAAAUACCAAAUUUCUCGCUCGAAGCUAAGGAAAUUUGUGCUAAAUUCUCGACUGACGUUAUCGCGAAAUGUGCCUUUGGGAUUAAUGCAAACUCGUUCAAAAACGAAGACGCAGAGUUUCGGAAAAUCGGCCGAAGGAUUUUUGAUUUUCGGUGGAGUACUGCAAUACAACAAACUUCCUAUUUUUUUCUACCUGGGUUAGUGAACCUUCUAAAAUUCAGGAUGUUGGAUAAGGACGCUAGUGACUUCCUUCGUGAAACAUUCUGGCAUACGAUUAAGUUGAGGGAGGAGAAAAACUUGAAAGCUAACGACCUGAUUGAUGCCAUUAUUGCCCUGAAGGACAACCAGGAGUUUUGCAAAAAUAUGAAUUUCGAGGGUGAUAAGGUGGUGGCUCAAGCGGCGCAAUUUUUCGUUGCGGGAUUUGAAACUACGAGCUCUACGAUGGCUUUUACUCUAUACGAGCUUUGUCUCCAACCACAAUUCCAACGAAGAGUGAGGGCCGAAAUUGCGACUUGCCUCAAAGAACACAACGGCCUAACUUAUGAAGCCCUUCAAAGCAUGAAAUAUCUCAAUAUGUGUGUUUGUGAAACACUUCGCAAAUACCCAGUUCUGCCCUUCCUGGACCGCACCUGCAAAGAAGACUACAAACUCCCCAACUCGAACGUCGUGAUCGAGAAAGGAACCCCAGUUUUUAUCCCAAUGUUUGGGCUCCACUACGACCCUCAAUACUUUCCCAACCCACAAAAAUACGACCCUGAACGUUUCUCGGAUGAAAAUAUGCAAAAUAUAACACCGUUUAGCUACAUUCCGUUUGGCGAAGGUCCAAGAAAUUGCAUUGGCGAACGUUUUGGGUUGAUAGGCACAAAGUUGGGUCUUAUUCACAUUUUGUCCGAAUUUGAGGUUGAAAAGUCUUCAGAUACGCCUGUUCCUCUCGAAUUUGAACCGAAGAGUUUUGUACUCGCCUCGAAAGUGGGAUUACCGAUGAAGUUUAAGAAAGUGAUGACGUCUGCGGCUUAAUUGUUCAUUCUGUGAAUGUGUUUUUCCUUUAAAUAAAUUCUAGCUAGUUGCACAGCA